GCAUGUUCGACAAGGUCGCUGUGCAAAGGAUGAACAGCGGGGAGGUGGUGUUGGGUGGUGUGGAUUGGGCACAUUUGUCCAUCUCGAGUCCUUCAUUGCUGGCCCUUUGGAACUAGCUCGGUCAGGUCAGGUACCUUCAAGUACCUAUUACACUUCUGAUCCCCUGAUUUCGGUGCAGUA